AUGGAUUCGGCGGAGGAUUCAAGCAAAGAUCCGCCACUAGGAUCCACAUUUUCCUCAGCACCCAAUUUAGACUCGGACAUUAAUGCAAAUGCCUGUAGGCUUAUUUAUGAGAAUGGGACGGACCACAAUGUCAACGUACAAAACGCAGCCCUGCGAGGAGCGAGUGACCCCAGCGCAUACCCGUCCACAGACUACCGCGGACUCAUCCGCCAGAGGUUCGUCCGGCGGAGUUUGUGGGUGUCAGACUCUGAGGAGCAGCCGGUGGACACGCCGGAGUGUGUCAACAGCAGCCCGGUUCUCAACAUUGACCUGCGCACCAUCGUUGACCGGAGUCGGACUCGGGUUUUUCACGGAACCCGCCUGGGUCUCGAGGAGACUUCCGGCACGGAAAGCCAGGUGGGGCUGAAGGAGAGCGCCACGGAGAGCGUGAAUGCAGAUGAGGAGAAGGGAGACAGGGACGAAUCCAAGCCCAAGGCUGAAGUCGUGUCCUCGGACGUCGCAGGUAAAUCAGGAAGUGACGAGAACGAAGAGGAGCCCGGGAUGAAGGCCGUGUCCACUUCACCUGGGGGUCGCUUCCUCAAAUUUGACAUUGAGCUGGGGAGAGGGUCCUUCAAGACGGUCUACAAAGGUCUUGACACUGACACUUGGGUCGAAGUAGCGUGGUGUGAACUCCAGGAACGAAAACUGUCCAAAGCUGAGAGACAGAGGUUCAAAGAGGAGGCAGAGAUGUUAAAGGCUCUCCAGCAUCCCAACAUUGUACGGUUUUAUGACUUCUGGGAAUCACCGGUGAAAGGGAAGAAGUGUAUCGUCCUGGUGACAGAGCUAAUGACCUCAGGGACACUAAAAACGUAUCUGAAGCGUUUUAAGGUGAUGAAGCCUAAAGUUCUUCGGAGCUGGUGCAGACAGAUUCUCAAAGGCCUCCACUUCCUCCACACAAGGACUCCUCCAAUCAUCCAUAGAGACCUCAAGUGCGACAACAUCUUCAUCACUGGUCCUACAGGCUCUGUCAAAAUAGGAGAUCUGGGCCUGGCAACACUGAAGAGGGCGUCCUUCGCUAAAAGUGUUAUUGGGACUCCAGAGUUCAUGGCCCCAGAGAUGUAUGAGGAGCACUAUGAUGAGGCUGUGGAUGUGUAUGCCUUUGGGAUGUGUAUGCUGGAGAUGGCCACCUCAGAAUACCCCUACUCUGAGUGUCAAAAUGCUGCACAGAUCUACCGUAAAGUCACCAGUGGGGUGAAACCUGCUAGCUUCAGUAAAGUCAGUGACCCUGAAAUUAAGGAAAUAAUUGGAGAGUGUAUCUGUCACAGAUGGGAAGAAAGGUACUCCAUCAAGGACCUCCUGAAUCAUGCCUUCUUUGCAGAGGAUACAGGCGUGAGGGUAGAGCUCAAUGAAGAAGACGACGGGAAGAAAUCAUCUAUUGCUCUAAAGCUGUGGGUCGAGGAUCCUAAAAAGCUGAAAGGAAAAUACAAGGACACUGGUGCCAUUGAGUUUACCUUUAACUUGGUGAAUGAGGUCCCAGAGGUGGUCGCUCAAGAAAUGGUUGAAUCAGGUUUUUUCCUGGACUGCGAUGUGAAGGUAGUUGGGAAGUCCAUCCGAGACCGCGUGGCUCUCAUCAAAUGGAGGAGGGAGCGGACUGUCUCACCAGGAAAUGGUGAGGUGCAGCAGAAGCUACUGCAAGUGCCCAGUACCGGUGUGCCACAGGGAGCCACAUUAGCUACAACAGAUUAUGAAGACCAAGAGGUGGAGCAGCAGACCCUGAUCUGUACUGUGCCAGCCACCACAUCUACCACAUCUGACAGCGGAGUGAGCUCUACCAUGCAAUUAGAUGAUCUAAACAAUCAGCAAAAUGGGCCCUACCAGUCACUUCCAGAGCCCAUUUCCACAGCUCAGAUGAUCUACAGUCCUCCUGCACAGGCUGACCCUCAGCUGCUCCAGGGGCCCUACCAGCAACCCACAGCACAGGCCUCACAUGAAAACUACACACAAACAUCUACGCAGUUACACCAGGGAGCCUACCAGCAAACCACAGGUCAACUGCAUCCUGGGGCCUAUCAACAAACUGCAGCACAACUGCACCAGGGGCCUUAUCAGUCUCAGACACGUCACUACAGUGAUCCCUUUGUAUGCCAUGACAACCUGCUCAUCACUGAGAGCUCAGUGUGUUUUAGGCGUGGAAGCGCCUCCCUGGUUGAGAUGUUACAGUGCAGGACACACUCUCUCUCUAAAACAAUGAGUCCAAGCCCCUGCCUAUGUCCGUCACAGGAUCUGGCUUCAACAAAUAACACAGAGAGCUCAGUGCAUGCCACCGACUACCUAUGUUCUAACUCUGCCCAGAAUCCGUCAGUAUCAUCUCCUCUCUCGUCCCCCCAUCAACACUCUGAUCAUGACUCAGCAAGUCAUUUUAAUUCCCCUCUCCUUCCCCUGAAUUUACAACCUCCCUCAGAACUCCAUCUGAGUGUCCCUCGCAGCCCACAGCCCCACCGCCACUGCAAGGCCUGCGUGUCUCUCCUCCUGAGGGACAGGACGAAGGGAGGCGGAUCUCUGGGACAUACACACAUCCGCUCUUUCUCCACAUCCACCCAGUUUACUCCAAUCUCUAAGCCAGGCUCACCCACAUCUCCUCAUCUGUCAAGGUCUCCUCCGGUCACUCUUCCUCCUCUUUUGGCGUCACCCUCUUCCCCAUCGUCAAACAGUCAAACAAACCUGUUGACUUCACCUUCACGUCUUUCCCCACCAUCACAAGUUGUGCUCCCACGGAGUUUGUAUGAAGGUGCAGAUCUCACUCUUCUCAACCACUGUCUCCAUCACAUCGUCGGUCGCAGGACCAGUUCUCCCACCCUCUCUGAGAGAGUAAUUAAUCAUCCAAUUCACAGCCACGGGGAAGUUGGGGGUGCUACCGCCUCAGUAUUUGAGCAUGUAGACAAAAGUCAGAGCCUGGAGGUCCCACUCUUCUGUAGCCCAAAUCUGGACAGGAACCUGCUGUUAUCACGACAUAACAGCAAAGGCAGACUGGAUCCACUGACAGUUUCUGCUCCAGCUACGCCAGCCCCCACUGCGCACCCGAGCAAACAGACAGCACAGAGCUUCCCAGCUGCAGUCCCCCCUCUACAGACACAGGUUACUGUGCAACCCAGCCAGGAGCAGUGCCAUCUCCAACCAGCUGCUGUCCUGCCCCAGUUUCCCUCACCAUAUCCUGUUGUUCAAACAGGGGGCCACAAGCCCCCUCCCUUCUCCUCCGCUCCUCUGCCAUCUGCCUACAGCAGCAGUGGCCCUUCUAUGUCUAGCACCUACUACUCACCUUCACCCCACCAUCCCUCCCUUCCUCUAACCCCUCAUGCUGCCUUACCUACUCUAGGCACACCUCAGACCCCUCUGUCCACACCUCAGCACGUGCCCAGUAUGGCACUCCCAAUCCCACUUCUUACCAUGGCCAUGUCCCCUGCUGUGCUGCAGCAGCAGGGCGGCCCUCCUACAUCUCAGCCAAACAUUUCUAGCUUCCAUACCACCCAUCCCUUACCUCUCUCCCAGGUACGAACCACCCCAUACCCUGCCCCCCACCCUGAGCAGGAACUGGCUGAGCAGCCUGUCCAGGUACAGACGAUUGCUCCACAGGGGAACCUGGGAGAUGUUCAGCUUUUGGCUCCGGUCCACCCUGUCUUGCCUGCUGUUCAGACUCCUCUCUGGGGAAGCAGGGUAGAGGCAGAAACUACUGCAGCUGCACCUGCACAAACUCCAGCUCUUGUCCCAGCACAAAACCAACCACCAGUCCCAGUAUCAGCUCAAGCUGCAGCCAUGCCUCAAACUCCAGCUCAAGCCCUAACUUCAGUCCCAAUACAGGUUCCAAUAACAGUACCAGCUCCAGGCCCAGUUAAAGCACCAGUCUGUGCAUCAGGUUCUACUUUUGAACCAGCCUCAUCUACAAGCUCAGACACAUCUUCUGUUAUUGGUAAACCCAAACACUCAAUCCCAGGUUUGGUCUCAGCCCCAGUCCCUAUCACCCUGCCAGCCCCAGUUCAUCCUGCAGCCCCUGCUCCUCCUCCAGCUCCUGUCGCAGCUUCAGUCCCAGCUCCAGUCCCAGCUCCAGUUCCGCAGCCUGCUGGCAUCCAGACAGCAGUCUCAUUGCCUGAGAGUGCCAGCCUGGCCACAACUCAGCAAAACCUUGAAACGACAUCUGCAUCUAGCACCCUUCAACAAGAGCCCCGUGUAGAGGAUGUGCAUCAGGACAAACCAGUAUCCUUACCCAACUAUGCGUAUGACAGCCUCAACUCUGAUGUGGCAUCUGGUAAGGAAACCAGUGACGGCUAUGACAGCUUGGCAAGUGGGGGGAAAGGGGACGGAAAACCCAGGAAACACCACCGCAAGUCUGCCCGUACACGUUCCCGGCAAGAAAAGACCAGCAAACCCAAACUUAGCAUGCUCAAUGUUUGCAACACUGGUGAUAAAAUGGUCGAAUGCCAGCUGGAGACACACAAUCACAAAAUGGUGACAUUUAAAUUUGAUCUAGAUGGAGAUGCUCCAGAGGAAAUUGCUACUUACAUGGUAGAGAAUGGCUUUAUUCUACUGUUAGAGAAGGAGAUCUUCAUUGACCAGCUUAAGGACAUUGUGGAUAAAGCUGAAGACAUGCUGAAUGAAGACAUAGAGGGUGAAAGGGCCUCCACCUUGAGUUGCAGUCCUCAGCAAGGCCAGAUGUCUGAGGGGCUAGUGGGAGAGGGUCAGCAGCCUGGAGCACCACAGCCUGUCUAUCAGCAGAAUGUUCUUCAUACAGGAAAAAGAUGGUUCAUAAUCUGCCCUGUAGAGGAGACACCCACAUCCAGCCAGGAGACCCCAUCUGAAGGCACAACUACGCAGUCACCUGGGAGUUCAACCACUACCCAGCCUACUGACAGUGGCACCGCAAGGCCAUCCAGAGAUGAGGGGUCAUCUUCCACAAUGUCUGGUGGAAGUGGAGGCUUCUCCUAUGACGUGUAUGGAUUCUGCAGCCCUCCAAUAAUGUCUAACACAGACCCACUUCUUUUAGCCACUCUGUCACCUCCCGUAUCUGCUCCCCCAACCCUUCAGUCUGUAUCAUCAGUGGAGCCUGCAGGCAGCUCGGUGCAGCCCAGUGUGCACCAGGCCCAGCCAGCCAGGGCUCAGACUUUGCCCCCGUCGUCUCCACAUACGUCUUUCCCAGUUGAUGAGUCACAGGGAUCCCCUCUGGGCUCCAUCUCGCCAAUACAUGCCACUCAGCAGAUGCCUGACAUGACAUGUCCUGUUUCUAUGGCUGAGGAGGUGCCCUGCUGCCCUCUGGUCAUGCCGCUAUCUUUGGAUGUGAGCGGUUCACAGGGUGGGUCUCCUCUCACCCCACUUCCACUCCAGGAGCCAGGUUCAGCCAAAGAGCCGCUGUCUGUCUCCUACACCUCUGCAGCUCGAAGCGAACGACCGCAGCAGCCUGUGGUGCUCCACCAGCCUUUUUCCAGUGUGGGAGGGACCAAAGUGUCCUCGCUACCCCAGAGCCCAGCGCCAUCCCAGCAGGGUGCAGGGCCUGGUGAGUCAGAUGGUGAAGGACGGCUUAGCCGUGGGGGCUUUGUGGACAGCACCAUAAAAACACUAGACGAGAAACUAAGGAACUUGCUCUACCAGGAAUAUGCUCCCAUGUAUCCAUCAGGCAGUGCUGCAGAGACACCAGGCUCUGGUACUGAGUAUAUCCAGUCUCCUCCUGGUCCAGACAGCGCCGCAGGAGGGUCAGGAAACAGCACGCCGGGGCCAAUGGGGGAGGGACGCUAUAGGGGAGGAGAACAGCUGCCUCAAAUUCCAGAGAGAAUGGAUAGUUUAAGCACACUGAGUGACUCAGCCGUGUGUGCUUCUCUGUCAAGAAGACACGUUCCUCAUUCUGCUUCCUGCUCUGGAACAAGAGGUCGAUUUAAGAUAAUCUCUGUACCUCCCGAAGUGGCCAACAGACGAGAUGUGAAACAAAGGAGCUGGAGCAGCGCUGCCUCACCAGCACACCCUGUAGGAUACAGUGGGGACCAUGUUCAGGCCGAGGCCAUGGUUGCCUCCACAACAAUUGGCCGUUUCUCUGUGGUUAGCACUGAAGACGACAUUACACAGAGGACACGCUGCAGCCGCUACUCUGCCCCGCCUGACUUCUACCUGGAUACGCCUCCUUCCAUGGCCAAGCGGGGUUCCCUGCCUCGUGCCCUGACUUCGAACUCUGUCCCCGUGGAUGUCACGGUCCAUGCUCGCUUUCUGUCCUCGGACUCGGGGGCUGAGAGUAGCCCUGCAAAGCUGGCUCCUGCCACCCCAUCUCACCAUACCCGCUCCGAGCGCAGAGGAAGUGACCUCAUGAAGAGGGCAGUGGCCUUCCUCCGUCGUUCAGGGCGCAGCAGCAGUGUGCAGAGCUCUGACUCACCGAGCAGGCAUGGAGGCGUGCACGGCUCAGCCUAUGGCAGCAGCGAUAAUGACUCAGAGAUGGAGGACUCGGACAUGAAGAGGGAACUACAGAGACUCAGGGAGAAGCAUCUGAGGGAGAUCUCUGAGCUGCAGGCCCAUCAGCGGGGAGAAGUGGAACUGCUAUAUCACCGGCUUGGCAAAGUCCCUCCUCCUGGCCUGGGUUUCUCGCACGUUGCACCACAUGCUGGCCGUAGGAAGAGGUCCAGCAAGCACAAACUGAAGCCUGGCAAACUUCUCAGCCCUCUGGUUCAGCAAUUUAGAAAUGUCACAACCAAAACUAGUGACUCCAGCAGAUCCAGUGCUGCGACUGGUACAGGUGAGCCCACAUUGAGUUUAAAUGGCUCUCCAGCUAAAGGGUCUUUCCCCACUCAUGGCAGGGCGAGGUCAUGCACAAGCCACAUUCCCAGCUCUACAUCAGAGCCUGUGCAGACUCAGCAGCCCUGUUCCCUCAAGGGGUCUUUGUCUUCUGAUAAUAUUUACGCUGGACUACACGGAGACGGUACCAGCACACAAGCUCCACUCGGACAAGGCUGGUCUAAUUACCCUCAACCAUCUGAGAGAGUGACCUAUAAAUCCAGUAGCAAGCCACGAGCUAGAUUUCUCAGUGGGCCUGUGUCUUUAUCUAUCUGGUCAACCCUGAAGCGACUGUGUCUCGGCAAGGAGCGCGGCAGCAGGUCUGCAGCCGGAUCAGGGUCUUUCAAUCAAUCACAGCAGCCGCCUACCAGUGCCACACCUCCUCAUCAGCCAGUGAUGGGACUGGCCCAAGCUCAGGCCAAUAACAGCAACAACAAGACAGCCACAUACACUGGCGCAUCAAGGAGCUCCAAUGAAAACAACCUGCCUGAAGACUUGCAGCGCCUGAUGGACGACUGGGCCCAGGAGGUUCUUAUUGUCACCCACAGGCCGCGAACCAACUCUCUGAGCAUCAGUGGGCAGCAGCUGUGGGAUCAGGUUAUGCCUCAAACACACAGACAACUAACUUGUGCUUCAGAUGUAUCAUCAUGGAUAGCCCCUGGUCCAGGGGCCUGCGGUCCGCCCCUGUUGUGGCCUGACACCUCCAUGAUGACCAGCCAGUCCACAGGGCCCCAUCCCAGCUAUCAGCUACACUCUCCUGCUCCGUUCAGGGCCUUGUCCUCCUUCCCUCUCCCUUCAGGAGUUUUUGCCUUUCCUGCUGUGCCCUCAGCCCAGGAUGCCCCAAGCCCUGCCCCAGCUCCAUCAUAUCAGCCGCCCGACCCCAAAGCCAGGACUCUCUAACCUGAGUAGCAUUGCGUCUUCCAACUCUAGUACCAAAAAGAAAUCUCAUUAUAGUUCUAGUCAAUCUUAUGUGCAUAUACUGUAUAGAUUUAACCAGCAUGUAUGUAACCAUAUGUACAUACUCGUCUCGAUUCUUGAGUUUUAUGUUGUUUGUUUAAUUUGCAUCAACAUACCUCAUGUCCAUAUUACAGUACAUAACCCAUGAGUGCAGUGCAACGGUAGUAGUACAUUUAAAGAUGUAUAGUUAGCCAAGUCAGGCUUAAAAGUGCAGAUUUUUGUCAUUGCUUACAUACCUUUCCACUCACUGAAUGUACAUAAUGUACGGUUCAUUCAUGCUGUGUUUAUAUAAAUAGUUCAUGUUUGUGUUUGCUCAUAUCACUCCUAUAUAUAAGCUGCUGUGUGUAUAUAUGAAUUCUUGUUAGUCUGUACAUAGCUCCUGUGUUUGUACAGUUAACAUUAGAUAACCCAUAGGUUGGUGCUGCAGCUAUGUGUCUUAAUGCAACACCUUAUUAGCCACCAUCAUGCCGUCACUGUGAAGACUUGACAUCCUGGUCACUAGGACCGGUUGCUUAACUUUGCUCUCUCAGUCCAAGGAUAGGUUUCAUUCUUCAUCGAUGAAAUGCU